GAGACCAACACACACCGAUUCUUGCAACACUGACUUGCCGCUGACUUUUAGGAAUCUACUGGAAACACUGGGGGUCUCUUUUUUCCCUUUUUCAGUUCUUUGUCAGCCACACCCCCCCACACACAGACUCACUCCACUCCACUCCCCCAUCCUCUCCCCCCACACACACAUACACACACACACAUCUCUCGGUGACGAUUUCUUUUGUAAGCACCACUGAGUUCCAGCUGGGAAGUUCAUCAUCUGACUGCGCUGUGCAUCUGACUUCAGAGGCAUCCUCGUGAGUUCGUCUCUGUCUCACACUCUCUCUCUCUCCCUCUGUCGGACUUAUAACUCCGGGAUUAACUUUGUUCGUGAAACACCGGAGCAUUGUUCAAGGAGCAAACAGGGCUGCCAAGGCCCUGUCACCUGUCACCAUGGCAGCCGUCCUGCAGCCCAGCAACAACAACACCCUACAGGUGCCAGGUGAAAACAUAUCUGUUUCAUCUACUCCAUCAGGAUCCCCCUCGCCUUCUAGAAAUGACUGCAGUAUUGCUCCUCUCACUCCAUCACCCUCUCCAAGGGUAGAGUUGAGGCCCCGUGUGGCUCGUCCCUUCUCUGUGGUGGUGGCCAUUGACUUUGGCACCACCUCCAGUGGCUAUGCCUUCAGCUUCGCCGACGACCCAGAGUCCAUCCACAUGAUGAGACGCUGGGAAGGUGGGGACCCGGGCGUGGCCAAUCAGAAGAGCCCCACCUGCCUGCUGGUGUCGCCCGAGCUGCGCUUCCACAGCUUCGGCUUUGCGGCGCGCGACAGCUACCACGACCUGGACCCCGAGGAGGCGCGCCACUGGCUCUACUUCGACAAGUUCAAGAUGAAGAUCCACAGCACCAGCGACCUCACCAUGGAGACGGAGCUGGAGGCAGUGAGUGGACGGAGGAUGAGGGCCAUCGAGGUGUUUGCCCACGCACUGAGGUUCUUCAGGGAGCAUGCCCUCAAGGAGGUGAAGGAGGUGUCGUCCGCGGCUCUGGAGGAGGACGAGGUGCGGUGGGUGCUCACCGUGCCUGCCGUGUGGAGGCAGCCUGCCAAGCAGUUCAUGCGCGAGGCCGCCUACCUGGCUGGCCUGGUGUCUUCCGACUCCCCUGAGCAGCUUCUCAUCGCCCUGGAGCCUGAGGCUGCCUCCAUCUACUGCCGCAAGCUCCGCCUCCACCAGAUGAUUGACCUCAGCCAGCGACCAAUGGCCAACGGCAUGGACCUGGACGGGUCCCGCCUCUUUGACUCGAGCUUUAGGCAAGCACGGGAGCAACUGAGGAGGUCCAGACACAGCCGCACCUUCCUGGUGGAAAGUGGCACAGGGGAGCUGUGGUCGGAGAUGCAGACAGGUGACCGGUACAUAGUGGUAGACUGCGGAGGGGGAACGGUGGACUUGACCGUCCACCAGAUUGAGCAGCCGCAGGGGACGCUGAAAGAGCUGUACAAAGCCUCAGGCGGUCCGUAUGGUGCCGUGGGGGUGGACCUGGCCUUUGAGGCCCUGCUCUGCCAGAUCUUUGGGGCUGACUUCAUCGAGAGCUUCAAAGCCAAGCGUCCGGCCGCCUGGGUGGACCUCAUGAUCGCUUUCGAGGCUCGCAAGCGCACGGCGGCCCCGGGCCGGGCCAACGCCCUCAACAUCUCGCUGCCCUUCUCCUUCAUCGACUUCUACAAGAGGCACCGGGGACAGAGCGUGGAGACCGCCCUGCGCAAGAGCAACAUGAACAUUGUGAAAUGGUCAUGUCAGGGGAUGCUGAGGCUUACCCCAGAGGCCAUGAACGAGCUCUUCCAGCCCACCAUCACUAACAUCAUCAAACACAUCGAGGAGCUUAUGCAGAAACAGGAAGUCCAGGGCGUGCGCUUCCUCUUCCUGGUGGGUGGCUUCGCCGAGUCGCCCAUGCUGCAGCGGGCCGCCCAGAGCGCCCUGGGCCGGACCUGCCGCAUCAUCAUCCCGCAGGACGUGGGCCUGACCAUCCUGAAGGGCGCCGUGCUCUUCGGCCUGGACCCCACGGUGGUGCGCGUGCGCCGCUGCCCGCUCACCUACGGCGUGGGCGUGCUCAACCGCUUCGUGGAGGGCAAGCACCCGCGCGACAAGCUGCUGGUCAAGGACGGCCGCGACUGGUGCACGGACAUCCUGGACCGCUUCGUGGCCGUGGACCAGUCGGUGGCGCUCGGCGAGGUGGUGCGGCGGAGCUACACGCCGGCCCGCGUCGGCCAGCGCAAGAUCAUCAUCAACAUCUACUGCAGCGUCAGCGACGACGUCACCUACAUCAGCGACCCCGGCGUCAGGAAGUGCGGGGCCAUCACGCUGGACCUGCCCGAUCCCGAGCCCCAGGCCGGCGCUACCGCUACCGCCGCCGCCGUCGCGGCCGCCGGAUACAAUGGGAACGCCGCCGCGUCCGAGCGGCGGGAGAUCCGCACCACCAUGCAGUUCGGCGACACUGAGAUCAAGGUGAUGGCCGUCGACAUGGCGACGAGCCGCACCGUUCGAGCCAAUAUUGACUUCCUGUCCAACUGAAUGCCACGCUGACGGAUGUUCUACUACAGCGCUAUCAGAUUUGUGAACGCAGGCUAGAACUGAAAGGAAAUGGAAGAGACUGAAUGAACAGUGCUGUUUGUAGACAUCGAGGACACAACUGUGGAUACUCAUCUGUUUUGGAAACGGAAUGACCAAAGGCAUUUUUAAUUGAAAUUAGCGUGCAGAUAUUGGACUCGGAACGGCACCAAAAGAUUAUUCUGUUAAACAACAAGAGCAAGAGCAAAGUGUUUCCUGCUCUUGACUCAAGUCAGUGGGUGCCUCUCAUGCAGCGUUUAUACGUCCUCCCUCGCUCCUUGGGCCUCGAUCCUCAAUGAUCUACAUAAAGAAUGAUGGGGCGGAAACAAUGGGAUAGUCUAUCCAGUGUCAGUUAUAGAUCAGUGGGAACGCCCCUCGAGGAUCGAGCAGGCAUGUUGAGAGGCACCCCUAGCAGUGCACCCAGUGAGUUGCUGGACAUGUGUCACCAAAGUGGAAGUCUGCUACUCAAGUGUUGUGAUAGUGCCCCCUUGUGGUAUAAAGAAAAGCCUACAAAACAAAGGUUAAAAAUGCUGGAAUAUCACUUGGAAAAUAAGCUUGGACAUUGUUACUCUGAUUUAGUUCACACACUGUACAUACCUAUUUAUAUGACCUAAACUAUUAUCCUCAAACUGCACGCUGGGAUCUAUCCACUAGGUUCAUUGGAGUAUUUUUUAUAAUGAAACUCAUGUAUUCUUGUAUUCUGCACUUACUUCAGAUUUCUUUUUAUGUACCUUUUUUUUGUAUCAAAUAUCAUAUAAAGUUUGACCACUAACUUUUA